AUGGGUUGUGGUCAAUCGAGUGGUCGACCGCCGCCGAACACCGAACUUAGUUAGUUUUUAGCUCACAAGGAAACCUUUUUUACUCAACACUUCAAAUCAUGAUGAAAUUUGGUCCAUGGACAGCUUUUAGGGUCAUAAGAACACCCUAAAAAUUUUGGUCUCCCAAUGGACCUCUGAGCCAAGUUCUGGGCUAUCAAAAGUUCGAAAAUUGCCAAAAUUGGCUCAUAAAACACAUCAUAACUCAAUUCUCGAUCAAUUUUAUGAAAAACUGACAAUGAGUAGCAGAUGAUGAUCAGCGUGGUCGAUUUACCCAAAAAGCAUCAAUAAAUCAAAUUUUCAGAAAAAUUUCUGAUUUUGAAAAAAAGAAUGAGCAGGGGCACAUAUGAAUUUUCAUGAAUUUUCAGCCCAAAAAUAAAAAACUUCAAAAUUUUUCGAAAUAAAGUUUUUUAUUGAUGUACUUUUAGGUAAUCGACCAUGCUGAUCAAUAUCUGAAACUUCAUUUCCACCGAAAAAAUUUUUGAAAUGGAGCUAUGAUGACUUUUAUGGCCAUAUUUAGGCCUUUUUUGAGUUUUUGAGAGCCCAGAACUUGGUUCAGAGGUCCAUUGGGAGACUAAAAUUUUUAGGGUGUUCUUAUGGCCCCAAAAGCUGUCCAUGGACCAAAUUUCAUCAUGAUUUGAAGUGUUGAGUAAAAAAGGUUCCCUUGUCACAUUAAAAUUGAAAUUCGAGAAAAAUCUGUCAAAACAAGGGGAUUAGUGUGUACGAAAAUAUCUAAUUGUGGGUUUCCUCCAUUCAAAAUUAUUUACAGAAGAUUAUAAUCAUGGUGACAAAAAUAACUUUGUGCGGUACAGGAAAUUGAAAAAUAUUUUCAUUUUUGCAAUUUCCUCCCUAAAUAUUUUUAAAACAGAAAAAUCAUCGAUCAAUCGUCAUUCAUCCACACAAAAUCAUCAACAUCAAAAUAGCCAAAACAAUCCGGAAAAUGGUUCAAAAGUUGUGAGGCGGAGCAGUAAAUCGAAGCGCGGAAAACGUAGCGCAUCGCCGCAACCGCAACUCAGUGAGCAAGAGCCACACAAACCUGAUCAACAGGAUCCUAUAUGUAAUUCUUCUAUUCCUUUUUUUGAGUUUGAGCACGAUUUUUCUGAUUCGGAAUGAGCAUACACACACGGAAUGUUGAUGAUUUUAAGUUCACUCCUAAUUGAUUAAUAUCUAGAGAGUGUGAGGAAAUGAGAGACUUAGAGAAGCUAGACAUGCUAGAGAGUAUGAGUCACAGGGAGAAGGACGAGAAACUAGAGAUCUAGAGAUAACAUAGAUGAUCACAGAGACGCGGAAAAUUAGAGAAAUAGAGUGCGUCAGACACACAGAGUGUUAAGACGCCGCCUUCGUCUCUAUGGAAUUGCAUUUUUCACAGGGAAUGGGUCACUGAUUCUGACAAUCAAAUCAAUCAGAACCUAGAGAUUCUGGAGAAUGACCAGACCCGCAAAGUUAGAGAGCAUGAGUUACAGAAGAUACGCAGACAAUAUUCAAAAACAUACAACUUACCGCAUGGUAAAACUUCUCUCACUCAAACACCCUUUACACAAAAUGCAUCCCACCUACACCAAUCACACUUCACCCAACACAAUCUCCAUCUCCCAGCCCCCUCGCAAUCCUAUUCAAUUCCAGCUAUCAAAUCUGCGAUUCUCAUUCAAAAAUGGUAUCGUCGUUGUGAGGCUCGUCUUGAGGCACGACGUCGUGCCACGUGGCAAAUCUUCACCGCUCUCGAAUAUGCCGGAGAACAGGAUCAACUCAAACUCUACGAUUUUUUCGCCGAUGUGAUUCGAGCGAUGGCAAAUGAGGGCGGAGGAGGAAGUGGGGGUCAGACAAAUGGUGACACAAAGGGUGGAGGGAGAGGGUCGCCAUUGAUGAGUGCAUUGUCACAUUAUGCUAAACCUGGGGCUGUUGGUGAGUGAUUUGUAUUUUGGUAUAGGGAUCACGUGGAAAAUUAUUUAUUUUUCAGAAUCUCUAGAUCAGAAUUUACAGAAUCCUUGAAAACUCAGAAAAUUUCCAGAUUCUGACGGUGAAGCAAUCCGUAAAAUGCUCGAAGACACAUCUCCUGCAAACAUCGAAAUCGACAAACAUUACAAAGGACCAACUCUGAUUCUACCUCUCGAUAAACCUCAAAUUGCCCAAAUGAUCGAAGCAUUCAAAGUCAACAAAGUGCUACAUCCAAAAUAUGUUCUCAUGAUUCUACAAGAAGCUCGGAAAAUCUUCAAAUCUAUGCCAGCAGUUUCAAGAAUUUCAACAUCAAUUUCAAAUCAGAUUACAAUUUGUGGAGAUUUGCAUGGGAAAUUUGAUGAUCUUUGCAUUAUUUUAUAUAAAAAUGGGUACCCUUCAAGUGAUAAUCCAUAUAUUUUUAAUGGUGAUUUUGUUGAUCGAGGUGGACAAAGCAUCGAAGUUUUAUGUGUUUUGUUUUCUCUUGUUAUUUUGGAUCCAAUGUCAAUUCUAUUAAAUCGAGGAAAUCAUGAAGAUCAUAUUAUGAAUUUACGAUAUGGAUUUAUCAAAGAGCUUUCAACAAAAUAUAAAGAUCUAUCAACUCCAAUCUGUCGAUUAUUAGAAGAUGUAUUCUCUUGGCUUCCGAUUGCAACAAUCAUUGACAAAGAUAUUUUUGUAGUUCACGGUGGAAUAUCAGAUCAGACAGAUGUUGAUAAAUUGGAGAAAAUUCCAAGACAUAGAGUAAGUUGGGCCGCGUUUUAUGAUUAUGCAUUUUUCCAAAAAUACAUUUUCUUCAGUUUCAAUCAGUUCUUCGUCCACCAGUUCUUAAAGAAUCAGACAAAUCGGUUGAAAAAUCAGGUUCAGUCAAUGUUGAUGAAUGGAAACAAAUGUUGGAUAUAAUGUGGAGUGAUCCAAAACAAAACAAAGGUUGUUGGCCAAAUGUUUUUCGAGGUGGUGGCUCAUAUUUUGGAGCUGAUAUCACUGCAAGUUUUCUUGAAAAACAUGGUUUCCGAUUGCUCGUAAGAUCUCAUGAAUGCAAAUUCGAAGGUUAUGAAUUCAGUCACAAUAAUAUGUGUCUUACUGUGUUUUCGGCUUCAAAUUAUUAUGAAACUGGAAGUAAUCGCGGAGCAUAUGUGAAAUUUAUCGGGAAAUCAAAGCAACCACAUUUUGUUCAAUAUAUGGCUAGUAAAACUCAUCGAAAAUCUACAUUGAGAGAAAGACUUGGAGUUGUUGAAGAAUCAGCUGUAAGAGAACUCAAAGAGAAAUUAUCCUCAUUUCACACUGAUCUACAAAAGGAAUUUGAAGAAGUUGAUUUGGAUAAAUCAGGAAGAUUACCAAUUUUGAAAUGGAGUGAAGUUGUGGAACGAAUCACUGGGUUGAAUUUACCGUGGAUUGCUUUGGCAGCAAAAGUAACAUCAUUGAGUGAAGAUGGAAAAUAUGUGAUGUAUAAAGAAGAUCGGAAGAUUGCGCAAGUUGGAAGAACUCAUGCACAAGAUAAAGAUAUUGUUGAAUCAUUAUAUCGACAUAAAAGCACUUUGGAGACUUUGUUUAGGUUUAUGGAUAAAGAUAAUUCGGGACAGGUUUCUAUGCAGGAAUUUAUUGAUGCUUGUCAGGUAAGAAAUUGGAUUGAGAUCUUUUCAUUCGUUAAUAGUUUCUAGGUACUUGGAAAAUACACAAAACGUCCACUCGAUGUCGAUUAUAUUUCUCAAAUUGCCCAAUCAAUCGAUUUCAACAAAGAUGGUUUCAUCGACCUCAAUGAAUUAUUAGAAGCUUUCCGUUUAGUAGAUCAACCACUAUUACGAUAA